UUAUUGAUAAAUUAAAUAAUGAAAUUUUUUUUAAGUCAAAUUAUAUUUAGUAUGUAUUUAUUAAUAAAAAUAACCGCCGGUGCUUUAAGUUAUCAAGGAUUUCCUAAAAUCUGUCAUCAAAUAGUUCAGCAUUCAUUCCAACUGUUCGACCAUGGGCAUGAUUACACCCAAAUAACCGAAUGUAAAUUCGUAAACGUCGAAGUAGACGUUCAUGAUUUCUUACAUAAAGACAAAUUGGAUUUGAAAAUAUUUUAUCAUAACAAACAAAUUGAAUCACUGGAAUUACGUAAAACUGAUGGAUUGUUAGCUAACGGAAGUACGCCAGUUUAUGUAACUAAAUUAAUAUCAGGAAUUAAUUACACUGAUGUUAAUACUAACUAUGUGUUUGAAACUUUGAAUAUUGAUAAGUUUGUACCGGAAAUGGGAAAUUUUACAUUGUAUCAAGAUAAAAAUAAAACUGCGUCAAUUAUAGUUUUUAGAAAAUUUCAUGGCUUCCAUGUGGAAGCCACAUACAGUGAUAAUAUUUGUCAAGAAAGUAAAUAUCCAAAUAUUAUUAUAUCAGUUCAUGCCGAUUUUCAAGGCUUCCAUGGUAUUUUUUUGGAAGCAUUAUCUUCAAUGUAA